AAGGUCUGAGGUCAAAAAGCUCUUGUCAAGACUAAAUAGGGAAAAAAAAAGAAAUCAAAGAUGCAGGACUUACUGUUGAUGGAGUCAAGUACAGCAUCAGCUUUAAAGUUACAUUGGACUACAAAGCACUAUUGAUGUUGCUGAGGCUGUUAACAGCGGAUGAGAACUUUGUGCUUGGGGGCCAAGGGGUAGAUUGUCAGUUCUGCUGCUUCUGCACUGCAAUCAGGGCUUGCAAAGAUCACAUGGCUGGAGAUUUUCAGGAAGUGUGCCUGAGCUGUCUUGCAUCCAAAGCAAACAUUGGAAAGUGGACUGGUAUCCGUGAUGACCUUGAAUUCCUAAUUGAUGAGGAACUCACAAGCAUAUGCCUUUGUGCCCUCCACUGUGAGAUGCGAAAUACAGAGCAACUCCUUAGAUCCCUUGGGCUCUAUGCCUACAAGUGUGGAACCCUGGAGCACUGUAAUGAGGCAUUGGCUGACUUUGGCCCUGAAAAUACCAGGAAGUAUGACAGGCUCAAAGUCAAGCUUAACAAGGGCCAGACGACUGCUGUCACCAAGAACAACAUCACAGUAAUGUCAUUCUCAGGCAGCACUGAAAAGGCCAUCUUAAACAAUAUCACAGAUAUUGUUUCCAGGUCACUGCCAAUAGACACUCUUGUGAAGUAUCACCUUCAGAUAACAAGUGUGAGUCAAGAUGUUGUCCUCAAUCAAGUAGCCUAUCUACAAGAUGUGAAAGAGUACCUUGAGAGUAUUUUACACAGUGGUAAAUUCCAGAGAGAUCAUGGCACACACCAAGACGAAAUCCAGUUAUUGGAUCAUCCUGUUUUGAGAACAUUUCUAGAAGAAGAGCAUGCUACCUGGACACUCAUGCUACAGGAUGUUGAGGAGAAAUACCUGAAGGCAGAACAGUCCAACCUCCCUUCUCUAUCAUCCAAGAAACGUUUGAAAACACAACCACCAAGCCCUAACACAGCCAUGGCUGAGCUUGCUGCUGAUAUUCAGUUGGGAAAUUUUCACUCGGUGUGUGCACUUAUCACUGCUGGAAAAUCAAUGUCAUUUUCACAGGCCUUAAGAUUUUUUUUAAAAGUUUUUGUGUUAAUCAAUUCAGCUGUCAUGAGGGAGCAGACGUUCGAUGAAGACGAAGAUGAUAACAUUGAUGUGUAUGAUGUUAAGUGCAAGCUGUGGGGACUGCAUUUACGUCACCUUUUCCGAGGAGGUCUAGGAACUGGUGACUAUGGCCAUUUGACAGUGGAACAUAGUGCUAUGUUGUUCCGACAGCACCGGUCUUUCGCCAAAUAUUCGAACCAGGGAUUCGAGGCUUCCCACAAGAUCCACAGGGCCUUGUACUCAAGAGCCUCCAGCCAUGACCAGGCUGGUGUUAAUCAGUCAAUUGAACAAAUAAUGACCCACUGGUUGUCAGAAAUGAUGCUGUUCUUGCGAUAUGAGUUUGUUAAAGCCAGCGAGUGCAUCUCCCAAGAUGUCCGAGGCCAAAAGCCCGAGAGCAACGGAGAUCAAAUGUCCGAGGCCAAAAGCCCGAGAGCAACGGAGAUCAAUAAUGAGGUAGCGGUGCAAUUAAUCCUGCGUUUAAAAGGUAAGAAGGCAUUCCACUUCCGUGGAUGCGGGUGGAAAAAGAAGGACGCCAACUGGUCAGCAGAAGACAAGUCCUGGAUCCUGGCUAUGACAAAGCUACUGAACAAUAUCUAUGGAGAUGACUACCUAACGUACUCGUACACGCAGAAAGGAACAAUAAUUGAUUUUGAGUAUGACCCAAGACAGAAGUUCGCCUAUGACCAUGGUAUUUGGGAGCAAGAGUUCCCAGCUCAUGUUCCGCACAGCAAUGUGCAAUGUACUAGGAAAUGUCUGUAUAAACAAAGUACCAGCCAUGCGCCAACUGUCAGCCAUGCGCCCACUGCCAGCCAUGUGCCCACUGCCAGCCAUGCGCCCACUGCCAGCCAUGCGCCCACUGCCAGCCAUGCGCCCACUGCCAGCCAUGCGCCCACUCAUCCUUUGUACGAGGGUUUUCAAGACACAUUGCUUGGACCCCAUUUGCAGUUCACUGUAUGUGCCGGGGAGUUUGUGCAGAUACUUUACACAGAGCAGGGAGCUGUAUGCCCCAACUCCGAUAAUUGCCACGGGGAGCGACAGUUCGUCGACAGUGGGAAAGCGAUGUGCAAUGGAAAGAAUGUCGAGAACCAGUCGUACAGCAACUCGUAUUGA